AGCGGCGGCGGCGGCGGCGGCGGGGCAGCCAUGUCGCCUUUGUCCGCGGCGCGGGCGGCCCUGCGGGUGUACGCGGUGGGCGCGGCGCUGAUCGUGGCGCAGCUGGUGCGUCGCUGCGUGCGGGGCUUCGUGGAGCCAGGUCGUCCCGAAUGAGCGGAGGCCCAGCCGGGGGCGGCGCGAUGGAGUGCAAGAGCCUGGAGGGCGGGCAGAGCGACCUCAAGCUGGUGGCGCACCCGCGCGCCAAGAGCAAAGUGUGGCGCUACUUCGGCUUCGACACGAACGCGGAGGGCUGUAUCCUGCAGUGGAAAAAGAUUUACUGUCGUAUAUGCAUGGCCCAGAUCGCCUACUCGGGCAACACCUCCAACCUGUCCUACCACCUGGAGAAGAACCACCCCGACGAGUUCUGCGAGUUCGUCAAGAGCAACACGGAACAGAUGCGCGAGGCCUUCGCCAGCGCCUUCUCCAAGCUGAAGCCGGACCCCGCGCAGCCCGGCGGCGCCCCGGAGCCGCUGGCCACCAAGGCCGGCGCGCACGGCCACGAGAGCCGCAGGCAGCAGGAGCUGACCGCCGCCGUCAUGGGCCUCAUCUGCGAGGGCCUCUACCCGGCCUCCAUCGUCGACGAGCCCACGUUCAGGGCGCUGCUGAAGGCCGCCGAGCCGCGCUACGAGCUGCCGAGUCGCAAGUUCCUCUGCGGCAAGGCCAUCCCCGAGCGCUAUGGCGCCGUGCGGGAGGCGGUGCUCAAGGAGCUGGCGGACGCCGCCUGGUGCGGCGUCUCCACCGACCUGUGGCGCAGCCAGACCCAGAACCGCACUUACGUGACGCUGUCGGCACACUUCCUGGGCCGCGCGGCCCCCCACGGGCUGGCGGUGGGCUCCCGCUGCCUCAAGACCUUCGAGGUGCCCGAGGAGAACGCGGCCGAGACCAUCACGCGCGUCCUCUACGAAGCGUUCAUCGAGUGGGGCGUCCACGCCAAGGUCUUCGGCGCCACCACGGACCGCGGCAAGGACCUGGCCCAGGCCUGCUCGCUGCUCGACAUCCCGGUCCAUAUGCCGUGCCUCGGCCACACCUUCGACGCGGCCAUCCGCCAGGCCUUCCGGCUGCCCAAGCUGGGCGCGCUGCUGGGCCGCUGCGCCAAGCUGGUGGCCUACUUCCAGCAGUCGUCCGUGGCCAUGGUGAUGCUCCACGAGAAACAGAGGCAGCAGAACGCGGCCCCCUGCAUGCUGGUCAGCAACCGCGUGGCCUGGUGGGGCAGCACGCUCGCCAUGCUGCAGCGCCUCAAGGAGCAGCAGUUUGCCAUCGCCGGGGUCCUGCUGGAGGACACCAACAACCACCACCUCAUGCUGGAGGCCGCCGAGUGGGCCACCAUCGAGGGCCUGGUGGAGCUGCUGCAGCCGUUCAAGCAGGUGGCGGAGAUGCUCUCGGCCUCCAAGCACCCCACCAUCAGCAUGGUCAAGCCGCUGCUGCACAUGCUUCUGAACACAACGCUCAACCCCAAGGAGACGGACCCCAAGGAGAUCAGCAUGGCGAAGGAGGUGAUCGCCAAGGAGCUCGCCAAGACCUACCAGGACAGCCCCGAGAUCGACCUGUUCCUCAACGUGGCCACCUUCCUGGACCCGCGCUACAAGAGGCUGCCGUUCCUCUCCACUUUCGAGCGGCAGCAGGUGGAGAACCGCGUGCUGGAGGAGGCCAAGGGCCUCCUGGAGAAGGUCAAAGAGGGCGCCUACCGCGCGUCCGAGGACAAGGCGGCCACGCCGCCCGAGGAGCCGCCGCCGGCCAAGAAGCCGGCGCCCUCGCCCACCCCGCCGCCGGCCAGCGUCAUCAACGACAUGCUGGCCGAGAUCUUCUGCCCCACCGGGGGCGUGGAGGACCAGGAGGAGUGGCACGCCCAGGUGGUGGAGGAGCUGAGCAACUUCAAGUCGCAGAAGCCCCUGGGGCUCAACGAGGACCCGCUCAAGUGGUGGUCGGACCGCCUGGCGCUGUUCCCGGUGCUGCCGAAGGUGCUGCAGAAGUACUGGGCCGUGGCGGCCACGCGCGUCGGCCCCGAGCGCCUCUUCGGCUCGCGCGCCACCGUGGUGAGCGCCAAGCGCAACCGCCUGGCCCCCGCGCACGUGGACGAGCAGGUCUUCCUGUACGAGAACGCGCGCGGCGGCGCCGACGCGGAGCUGGAGGACGAAGACGAGGGCGAGUGGGGCCUGGACCACGAGCAGGCCUUUGCGCCCGGCGAGGCGGCCCACGCCGGCUUCUUCGGCGUCCGGGACGGCAGCUUCGUGUAGCCGGGGCGGGGGCUGGCGGGCGCCGGCAGGGGCGGGGGCGGUGCGCAGCCGCGCGCCCGGGGGCGGUACCCGUGUGGAUGCCCGGCUGUCGGGACUGACGCCCCCGCCACCCCAGCACGGGUUGGCACACUGCUGCUGGGAAGGCGGGAAGCCAGCAGAAAAGGGACGCGGAUCUUUGGGGUGUGUGUGUGUGUGUGUGUGUGUGUGUGUGUGUGUGUGUGUGCCCCAGAGGGGAGACGCGGACUCUGGGUGGUCCAGAGAAGGGAGACGGACUCUGGGUGGUCCCAGACAAGACAGACAGACUUUGGAUGCCCGAGGACAAAGACGGACUCUGGAUGGUCCACAGAGGAGAGAGAUGGACUCUGGGUGGUCUCAGACAAGAGACACGGACUCUGCGUGGUCCACAGACGAGAGAGACGGACUCUGGGUGGUCCACAGACGAGAGAGAGACGAGGCUCUUGAGUGGUCCAAACCUGGUGAAAACAAGUGAAGUGUUUCCUCUGCAGGGGGCGGCAGCGGUGUGUGGGGGGACCCCCUUGUAUCCCAGGAACAGGGAAAGAAAUGACUUGUAAAAACCGGCGGCGUCCGCCCAUCGGAUUACCAAUCUCAACGCCCCCGACGCUAGCAUGGCCGGCGGGGGCGUUCUGACUCCCCUCUGUUAAUUCCGUACCUGCAGUGUCCCAUGUUGUCACGCCAGGGAGGGUUUGGGGUGAAUCAGGGACAAAUGUUAAUCAGGGGGCCGCUGAGGACGAAAGCCCCUUCCGUGUUCCCCAAAGCCCACCUCUCCCCGAGCACCACUUGCACGCUGCACCCGCGCCCCGGGCACCAUCCGCGGCUGUAAGCCCUGUCGGUCCGUAAAGGAGCACGCCUACCUUGUCAAUUACCAGGGAACCUGGAGACACGCUUUAGCCACCCGCCCUGUCUUCAAGGCGUGAUGGAACAUGUCACCCUUCAGCCCGUGGUGCCAUCGCUUAUAAAAAAGCCGAAAAAGAGAUACUGGGUGUGGUUUCUUUUCUGCCACCCACGAGUGUUUUUUUGUUUUUGUUUUCUCCCCUCCCCUCCCUUCCCCGAAUUCACGGUCCUUGCCAGGUUCCCUAGCGCUUGUGUUGUCGAGGUGGUGUUUGCGGGACCAGAUGCUUCAAAAACGCUUCCCGGGGGCUCCGUGGUAAAGAACCUGCCUGCUAAGGCAGGUGACCUGGGUUCGAUCCCUGGGUCGGGAAGAUCCGCUGCAGGAGGGCAUGGCAACCCACUCCAGUAUUCUUGCCUGGAGAAUCCCAUGGACAGAGGAGCCUGGCGGGGCUACAGUCCCUGGGGUCACAGAGAGCGAGAUGACUGAGCAAGUCUACAGCAACAAUCCCCAAUUAACACUGUUGUGACGGUUUCCUGUGGACAGCAAAGAGACUCAGCCACACGUACACAAGUACUCUCCCCCAAACUCCCCUCCCAUCCAGGCUGCCACGUGACACUGAGCAGAGUCCCCUGUGCUGUCCAGCAGGUCCUUGCUGGUUCUCCAUGUUAAAUACAGCAGUGUGUCCAUGUCCAUCCCAAACACCCUGACUAUCCCUUCCCCCAUCCUUUCCCCUGGUCACCAUAAGGUUUUUACAGAGGAUUGAGCAGAGUUCCCUGUGCUGGACAGCAGGUCCUUGCUGGUUCUCCACGUUAAAUACAGCAGUGUGCCCACGUCUGUCCGGAGCCUUUACACGGUGAGGACGGACCACGUGUACCCCCAGGGCGUCCAGGUUUUUUCCGUCUCCUCCAAUCUUUCCCUGCUCCCUCCCUCGCUCUCCUUUCUUUUAAGAAAACAAGCUACCCCAGAAACAGCCUCGGAGGUCAGCAUCCAUCCUCUUUGUCCUUUUCUGUGUUUUAUGGGUUGCCUCUAAUCCAGGGUGGCUCGGGGAUGCCACAUCAGACAUCAAAUUAUUUCAUUUCGAGCUUAAAUGGGCCCUUUUUCAGGCAUGAAAACCUGCCACUUUCAGAGCUUUCUCCAUCGAACACAAAAGUGGAACAUGUCCGUAAAUGUCUCAGAUAAAAGGUCAUUGCCGGCAUCCAGAACUUCUCGUAAAGACACGGCCGCUAACUGUCAUGGACCUGUCUUAUCUGGGUCUGCCCAGGACUCUGCUUCCAGGAAAUGGAGUGUGUUUCGCGCUCAGGUCUUGCCAUCAAAAUCCUGAUUCUGUGCUUCCUCUAAGUGGUGUUUGUCCCAUGCUCAGUAAAGUCACAAUGAAGUCA